AUGAAUUCCUUAAGUUGGAACUAUCGGGGAAUUGGGAACCCCCGGACAGUUCGAGCAUUGCGCGAUUUAGUGCAACAAUGGAAUCCCGAAAUUUUCUUCCUCAUAAAAACAAAAGUAGGUGUUAGAAGGAUGAUAAAAGUAAAAGAAAGGAAUGGCUUCCCAAAUGGUUUAGUUGUUCCCAAUGAAGGUAAAAGUGGUGGAAUUGCCCUUUUGUGGAUCAGAGAAAUGGAGGUUGAAAUAAAAAACUUUUUGAGAUUCCAUAUUGAUGCGGUUGUUACAGAUCAUUCCUUGGACCUCAAAUGGAGACUUACAGGAUUUUAUGGGAAUCCAGAUACAAACUUGAGAAGAGAGUCCUGGAAUCUCCUUAGAAUGUUGAAUUCUCAAUACCAGAUGCCAUGGAUGUGUAUAGGAGAUUAUAAUGAAAUUCUGUCAGCAAUUGAGAAAAAUGGAGGACCAAAAAGGUCACAAAAACAGAUGGAGGGUUUUAGAAAUGUAAUUAAUGAAUAUGGUUUUCAAGAUAUGGGAAAAAUCAUUCAGGAAGUGUGGAAGAACCAUUCUGGGCUGCAAUCUUCAAACGGGCUUGUAGAAGGUAUAAAAGAUUGUGCAUCUAGAUUAGGAGGAUGGAAUCGUUUUGAUCUAGGUCAUAUUCCACGAAAUAUUCAAGAAAAAAGAAAGAGCCUUCAAGCUAUGAUCCAAGCUGAUUUGGAUGGGAGCAAUGGGGAAGAAAUAGACAGGCUUAGCAAGGAAAUUAAUGAGCUUUUGGAUGUGGAAGAAAAAAAAUGGCAUCAAAGAUCAAGGGUUCAGUGGUACCAAAAAGGGGAUAGGAACACCCAAUUCUUCCACCACAAACCAUCCCAACACAAGAAGAAGAAUGGAAUUAAUGGGCUAUGGGACAAAGAAGGAAAAUAG